GCGCGGUGCUGGCUGAGGUCUCCGAGCGGCUCGCCAUGGCUGGCCCGCAGCAGCAGCCCCCUUACCUGCACCUGGCCGAGCUGACGGCGUCCCAGUUCCUGGAAAUCUGGAAGCACUUUGAUGCAGACGGAAAUGGGUAUAUUGAAGGCAAAGAGCUAGAAAACUUUUUCCAAGAGCUGGAGAAGGCAAGAAAAGGCUCUGGCAUGAUGUCAAAGAGUGACAAUUUCGGGGAGAAGAUGAAGGAGUUCAUGCAGAAAUACGAUAAGAACGCGGAUGGGAAAAUCGAGAUGGCAGAGCUGGCACAGAUCCUGCCGACUGAAGAGAACUUCCUCCUGUGCUUCAGGCAGCACGUGGGCUCCAGCGCCGAGUUUAUGGAGGCAUGGCGGAAGUAUGACACAGACCGAAGUGGCUACAUCGAAGCCAAUGAGCUCAAGGGCUUCCUCUCAGACCUGCUGAAGAAGGCGAACCGACCAUAUGAUGAACCCAAGCUCCAUGAAUACACCCAAACCAUACUACGGAUGUUUGACCUGAAUGGGGACGGCAAACUGGGCCUCUCAGAGAUGUCCCGACUCUUACCUGUACAGGAAAACUUCCUGCUUAAAUUUCAGGGCAUGAAGCUGACCUCAGAGGAGUUCAAUGCGAUCUUCACAUUUUACGACAAGGACGGAAGCGGCUACAUUGAUGAGAACGAGCUGGACGCCCUCCUGAAGGAUCUGUACGAGAAGAACAAGAAGGAAAUGAACAUCCAACAGCUGACCAACUACAGAAAGAGCGUCAUGUCCUUGGCUGAGGCGGGGAAGCUCUACCGCAAGGACCUGGAGAUCGUGCUCUGCAGUGAGCCCCCCAUGUAAAGGGGGGGCAGGGGCUGCUUUUCCACCUCCCCAGAACCCCGCCCUUGCUGCCCUGACACUUCUACCCAGGCCCAGAGAUCAUGAGCAUCCCUCCCCCCUGCCCCUGCAACCUGCACACACCAGCUUGCAGAGCAAGAAAGAAGAGGUGGAGGACGGGGUGCUGGUGGGCAGCUUCAAGGCCCCACCCCACUAACCCAGCCCUGGCCAGCCAUGCUGCUCUUCCUGCAGAGGGUCACCAACCACUCGGAGGCAGAGGGGGCUGCGGGGGAGGUUCCCUAAUUCUCUUUGCUGUGAUGCAUGAGCUCUUUCACUGUAUGAUUUAGGCUUCUAUGUCCAACAGAGUGGACUCUGCCCUCUUGCUCCCCUCUGCCAAUCCCCCCUGCCACCGCCCACCCCAGACUUCCAAGUUCCACCACCACCUGGCUAAUGGUGUAGCUGUCUUCUCAGAGUUCCUGUUUGAGGAGGGCACCCGCCCUAUCCUUGCCUUCUUUACUCGGCGUGUUCCUGUUCUCUUUGGGUUUCUCGUCUUCUUGUUUACCAAAGAAGAGUUUACAGACAAUAAAAUGGA